CAGCUUUCGUGUUGAUGCGGUGAAAAAUACAAAAAUUAUUCUCAAAAAUAUCAUAAUAAACCGUAUUAAAAAUGCCUGAAUUAGAAAUUAAACGGAAAGGCGAGGAGUAUUCAGUAGUGCCUGCUAAGAAAACUCGUCAUGAAAUCUCUGUUGUGGGUACAAGAGAAAAGGCCGUAGUAACCUCAUCAGUCCCCAGAACAUCUAAUUUGUACGCUCCGAUUAUGCUGUUAGAAGGCCACCAAGGAGAGAUUUUCACAGCCAAGUUCCACCCUGAAGGAAAACACUUGGCUUCUGCAGGAUUCGAUAGACAGAUAUUUCUAUGGAAUGUGUAUGGCCAAUGCGAAAAUGUGAUGGUGAUGAAAGGUCACACUGGGGCUAUCAUGGAACUGUGCUUCUCACCGGACGGCGCACACAUGUACACAUGUGCUACAGACACCACUGUUGCUGUGUGGGACGUCCCUACAGGGACUCGUAUCAAGAAGCUAAAGGGACAUGCUAAUUUUGUUAAUUCAGUCUCAGGAGCAAGACGAGGCCCCGAGCUUCUAGUGUCAGCAUCAGAUGAUAACACCAUCAAGCUAUGGGAUGCCAGGAAACGAAACCCUAUUGCUUCCUUUGACAGCACAUUCCCUGUCACAUCAGUUAUCUUCAAUGACACAGCCGAGAAAAUCAUUUCCGGUGGCAUCGACAAUGUGAUUAAAGUGUGGGAUAUUAGAAGCAAUAAACUAGAGUACAAAAUCAAAGGGCAUACAGAUACUAUCACUGGCAUGGCCUUGUCCUACGACGGCUCGUACUUAGUGUCCAACGCGAUGGACAACACUCUCCGUAUCUGGGAUGUGCGGCCGUUCGCGCCGCCCGAGCGCUGCGUCAAACUCCUCACUGGGCACCAUCAUAACUUCGAGAGGAACCUGCUCCGGUGUGCCUGGUCGCCAGAUGGCUCCAAGGUCGCAGCUGGUUCCUCAGACCGGCUAGUGUACAUCUGGGACACGACGUCCCGACGCGUGAUAUACGCGCUGCCCGGACACAAUGGCGCCGUCACCGACGUCCACUUCCAUAAGUCAGAGCCUAUAGUGCUCUCUGCGUCGGCUGAUAAACAGAUAUAUCUGGGAGAGAUUGAGCAUUGAUAGUUGAUACAUUAUAAUUGUUCAUAAAAAAUAAACUAGAUAGAAAGAACACUGUUAC